ACCCAAGGCCGCAUGCUUUUUAUGCUUUUGGCCUCUCCAACUUUCUUCAGAGUUUUCGACCAGAGAGAACAGCAAUUUCCCGGGGCCCCGCUGCUGCCGGGAGACCCCGUGGCUGUCUCUUCGGAGCUCAACUGA